GACACGCCCACUAGAAGUGACGCUUACAUUUCGUUAGAGGAAAUUGAAACGUUUGGUUUGUUUAUCCUGAGGAGAGAAGGACGAGUGCAGCUGAUUUUACAGCAUUUUAUUUUUUUAAAAGUGUUAGUUCCAAAACAAAGGGAAAGAGUGCAUUUUCUGUUUUAUUUAAGAACUGACACAGUGAAGCGCGAACAUUACUCCUCGCAAAAGUAAAACGAGUCUGUUUUCUCUCUUUAUCGCAGCAGAACAAGUGCUGAUUUCAUAUGAAUGUCAUUUUUCAAAAAAUAAAGUAAAGUCAAAGAGGAUUCCGCUACUCGAGUCUCAAGCUAACAGUCAGUGAAGAUGGACGUCAGCGUCUCCGUGUCGUUCUUUCAAGACGAGCUCGCCUCUACCAUCGAGCACGCAGUGAAAGCGGCUGUAGACACCGUCUUGUGCCAAAUCACAAAAGUUGUCGGCGGCAAAUUCACUGAAUUCCGAAUGGAAAUGGCUGGAAAGGAGAAAGAGAAUGAAAGUCUGAAGCUGAGAUUGGAAAUAUCAGAGAGCGAGUUGAAAGCAGUGCGGGAAUGCAUGAACGCUGCAGAUGCAGACAUUAAACAACCUCUCAGAAACAUGAACCCCGACUGCAAUGAACAAGACUUUCAGAGGAACGAGAACCUGGGAUUAUUUCAAGAUCCCACAGCUUACACACAAGAGGAGUCCUUUGACCAGGAGUGGCGUGCAAGUCUAAAGCAGGUUACAGAGCUGACAUGUGUUAAAGAUGAAGAGGUCCCUCGACUGGAAUGUGUUCCUAUUAAAGAGGAAUUCAUAGAACAGGAAUGUGUCCCCAUCACAGAGGAAGUUCCUACUGAAAAUAAUGUCUGCACACUUGAGGAGAACAACCAGCUGGGAUCCAGCCUGUGUGAUGAUUGUCCACCUGAAUGUGAACUGGGAUUUAGAGCUGCUAAAGGAUAUCACACAGGAGGCAUUCAGUUUCCCUGUGCUGAUUGUGGGAAGAGUUUCAGUUGUUUAUCACAGCUUCAAAUCCACCAGCGCGUUCACACAGGAGAGAACCCUUAUCACUGUACUGAGUGUGGGAGGAGUUUCACGCAGUUACAGAAUCUUAAGAGACACCAGUGCAGUCACACAGGAGAGAAACCUUAUCACUGCACCGAGUGUGGGAGGAGUUUCACACAGUCACAAAAUCUUAAAAUCCAUCGGCGCAUUCACACAGGAGAGAAACCUCAUCACUGCAUUGAGUGUGGGAAGAGAUUCACACAGUUACAAAAUCUUAAAACACACCAGCGUGUUCACACGGGAGAGAAACCUCAUCACUGCACCGAGUGUGGGAAGAGUUUCACGCUUUUACAAAAUCUUAAAACACACAUGCGCAUUCAUACAGGAGAGAAACCUUAUCACUGUGCUCUGUGUGGGCUGCGAUUCACAUAUUUAAGUUCCUUGAAAAUCCACCAGCGGACUCACAAAAACAGUAAUCUUAUCAAUGUACUGAAUUUCUGAAGUUUCCAUCACUUAGCAAAACUUAAAAGACGCCAUAAAAUUCACACGCAAGUUCAGUCAGUGAAGGACACAAGGGAAUUCACAGAAUUACAGCACACUUUUUUCAAAUUAAUAGUACACAAAACAACAAAAUAGUUCAUGUUGCCGCAUUAGCAAGCUAUGAUACCAACGGUACCUUGCAUAUACUGCACACAAUAAAGAAAUACAUCAAUUUGAAAUGUACAUAGAAUAGUUACAGUGUUGUACACGUGGCUGCAAGAAAAACACAUAGCCCAGAAGAAUAACCUGAGUGAAAAUGGACAUGUCACGUGGUAUGGCCGCCAUAUUGGAUUCUCCAUGCGUUUUUGACAAUAUUCAAAGAUCUUCUCUGAAGCGGCUUAUUGCAUAGAUAUGAAUCUUGGUGUAUAAAGUCAUAUACUAAUGUACAUUAAUUGUUAUAAGACAUUCUCUUAAUGCAUUUACUCUGUUUGAAUAGCUGUAAGCUACUGAUAGUAAGCAUACGUAAAAUUAUCCUUUCCAAUUAACAAAAUAUUCAUAUGAUUUCCAUUUUCGUAAGUCUGAAACCAUAAUUUGUUGUGCUGUAAAUGCUUGGAAGCCAUAAAGUUGCCUGCAACUUCUAUUUAUUUAUUUAUUUAUUUAUUUAUUUAUUUAGUUAGUUAGUUAGUUAACAGAAAAAAAAACCUAGGGAAAUGGGGUUGGAAGUGUAUCAUAUUUUGAAAAGAUUUUGCUAGGAGUAACACUGUAAUUUUAGAACAUUUAUUGUACUGUAUACCUGGUUUGCAUUACUAGUUUCUGUGUUGUAUUCAUGCAGUCUAGCCACACGCAAUGGCACCUCAUUUAUCUGCAGAUUUCACACAUCCGUGGACCUGUGUCCUCCCAAGCGUGCGGAUAAACUGUACUGUAAAGUUCCACUGUACAGCUUUAUUUUUGAUAUGCAGAACAUAAGAAAGUUUCCAAACGAGAGGAGGCCAUUCAGCCCAUCUUGCUCGUUUGGUUGUUAGUAGCUUAUUGAUCCCAGAAUCUCAUCAAGCAGCUUCUUGAAGGAUCCCAGGGUGUCAGCUUCAACAGCAUUACUGGGGAGUUGGUUCCAGACCCUCACAAUUCUCUGUGUUGAAUUGUACAUCAUCGUUGAAAAGAUCCACCAGGGGAGGAGUUGAGACGGCACCAAGUUAAUGUUUUUCCCCCUUUCAGUGAAAGACUGUUGUUUGAUCAGAACAGAGGGACGAAGAGGAAUACAAAUAAAUUCAAUGCAGUCUAUUUUUCAACAUUUUUUAAGGGCUGUGUUGGAAAGGGGUGGAUAUUGUGCAGACUUGUCCUUGUGUUUUUCUGUAGCGUUUACAAACCGCUAAAAAUACAUUAUCUGAAGUGAGAGAUUCCCUAGUUUUGUUUUCAUUUAGACAGAUUUAUUCCAGCUUGGAGACUAAUGUAGCUUGAAAUUUUAUAUUCUUUUUCAUGGGCAUUUCUUACAUUUCCAUAGAAUCCCUUAGUAUUUUAUAAAGAUUUUCUUAAGAUGUGCAUUUUUCACAGUUGAGACAAUUAUUAUUUUUUUUGUUUCAGCCAGGCCUGAAAGACAGCGAUUUUUAUUUUAUUUAAAUUUUUUGGUAUUUCUUUCUGUUUUGCUAUCUUUCCAGUUUAUUUAAUUGUUCUUCAUCCAAAUCAGCAUGUCACUACUUUUGGCAUUUUUUUUGAUGGUAAUUGGUCACUCAGUUUUAUAGUUACUGUACACCUGUAACAGUAAACAAGAUGUCUACCGGUUCUUUAAAUUCUGUGAGGCAGCGCAGUGAUUUCUAAUCAUGUGGUGAGGCUCCAACUGUCCGUAUAGAUCCAGUAUACGGACAGCUGGAACCUCGCUCGACCAAUCACAUGGCUUGUUUCACGAUCCAUUGCCAGACCUUGUUAUUUUAUAUAAAAAUAUAAAAUAACAAAUUAUGGAUUCGGUUUUGGAUUCGGCCCGAAUACCUACUUUUUGAGCAGAGUUCGGAUUAGGAAUACUGAGGAUUCAGUGAACCGAAUCCGAAUCCUAUAUAUCCGCUCAGAUGCACAUCCAUUUUAAUAUAUCCCUCCAAUGUGUGCGAUUCUUCUUUAAAUAAAAGACAUGAAUCCGGUAUUGAACGUAACUGUUGUAUUUAAUAACAAGAACACGUCUGAUGAACUCUGUCAUGACUCUCAACUCCCUAAAUUACUGGUGGUGCACACACUAAACACACACAGCUGCUGAAUCCAAACAUACCCCUGUAUGCAACAGCACAGUCACAUGACACUUUUCAUGGAGUAAAGUUAUGCAGUAAACCUGUAAUAUAUAGUAACGACAAACUGUUGUAGACUUUUGUGCUUUGUUGCUUUGUCUGUCAAACGUGUUCUAGAGAUCAUACUGAGAUUAAAAUAAAUAAAAUCGGUGCACAGAAACAUAUAUUUUUUGUAACUUUACAACUGUCAGAUGAAAAAGAUUAAUUCUCAAACUGAACGCAGUAGGGAUUCAAGGAAAUGCAUGCACAUGGAUUAGGGAGUGGUUAACAUGUAGAAAACAGAAAGUACUGAUUAGAGGAGAAACCUCAAAAUGCAGCGAGGUAACCAGUGGUGUACCGCAGGGAUCAGUAUUAGGUCCUCUGCUAUUCCUAAUCUACAUUAAUGAUUUAGAUUCUGGUAUAGUAAGCAAACUCGUUAAAUUUGCAGACGACACAAAAAUAGGAGGAGUGGCAAACACUGUUGCAGCAACAAAGGUCAUUCAAAAUGAUCUAGACACCAUUCAGAACUGGGCAGACACAUGGCAAAUGACAUUUAAUAGAGAAAAGUGUAAAAUAUUGCAUGCAGGCAAUAAAAAUGUGCAUUAUAAAUAUCAUAUGGGAGAUACUGAAAUUGAAGAAGGGAACUAUGAAAAAGACCUAGGUGUUUAUAUUGACUCAGAAAUGUCUUCAUCUAGACAAUGUGGGGAAGCUAUAAAAAAAAGGCCAACAAGAUGCUUGGAUAUAUUGUGAAAAGUGUUGAAUUUAAAUCAAGGGAAGUAAUGUUAAAACUUUACAAUGCAUUAGUAAGACCUCACCUAGAAUAUUGUGUUUUGGUCACCUCGUUACAAAAAGAAUAUUGCUGCUCUAGAAAGAGUGCAAAGAAGAGCGACCACAGUUAUCCCGGGUUUAAAAGGCAUGUCGUAUGCAGACAGGCUAAAAGAAUUGAAUCUAUUCAGUCUUGAACAAAGAAGACUACGCGGCGAUCUGAUUCAAGCAUUCAAAAUCCUAAAAGGUAUAGACAAUGUCAACCCAGGGGGCUUUUUCAACCUGAAAAAAGAAACAAGGACCAGGGGUCACAAAUGGGAGAUUAGAUAAAGGGGCAUUCAGAAGAGAAAAUAGGAGGCACUUUUUUUACACAGAGAA